AUGAAUCACGAGACGGCGUGUCGUGACGAGAAAGAACCCUCCAGCUUCGUGCUCAUCGCCUCGACCACCCCAGCGGCCGCUGCAAGCUUGCACGAGACUUUGAAGGCCGGUCAAGCCGUUAGGAGCUGCGCGGCAGUCCAUUUCGAGGGCCCGUCUCCUGUCUUUAGCGACGUCAAGAGCGUCCCAGCUGCCGUGCCUCCCUUGCCAAAUGCUGGGGGAAUACGAGGAGGCCGCCCCUCCUAUGCGGCCAAGCAGGGGGGCGCUGACUUCUUCUUCGACUACGGGCUGGCCUUCGCUCUGCGGCCUGCAGGGGCUUUUGCUCAAGGGGGGCUCGGUUCGACGUGCAUCGGGCGCACGUGCGGCGGAAAGGGAGCGGUCUACACUCGAGGGUGCGAUCCGUUCGUCUGGGAGCGGAAACGGAACCGGGGUGGGGCGAUCAUCUGCCGAGGCGGAGGCGGGCAUCUUCUGUGCUUGCGGUGCGUAGAGGCGCAGUACGAGGAGGGGCGCCCCUUCGUUUCAAGUGCGAGUGGCUCCCCAGUUUCCCAAGAAGAGCUUCUCGCCAAGUACGAAGUGUUCCCCCGGACAAAAGAGCUUCGGCAGGUAGGGCCAGGAGAGGAGGCAAGCGAGGGCGGUCACCAAUUCUUUGUGCAGAGGAGGGACCUUGCCGCCUGUCCGUAUUGCCGCGAGCCCAAGGCAGUCGCUCCAUCAAGGCGCGGAGUGAAGAGAGCGCUCGAAGUGAGGCCGAGCCCACUUGAGCUUGGCGCGGAGGCAAUCCUCUCCGAGUUGGGCCGAAGCAGGAUCCCUCCGAUUGCGGUUGCUCCCGGCCUCUUUUUGGUCCCGCUUGUUGGGGGCUCGAACGGGCGCCUUUUGGACCUUUUGGUGACGGAGAGGGGGGUCUUGAACGCGCCGCGGCUCGUGAAGAUCGAUCACACGGGCAGCUUUCGGUGCCUGUGCGGUGCUCUCUUUGGGCUGGAUGCGGAGGCGUGGAAAGGGGGGGCGCAGCUCCGUGUGUUUGUCGUGAGCGAUAGGGGCGAGCAGCCCGUGGUGUGCGUGUUGGCGGGAGAGACCGCGCAUUGUAGCCACGUCGAGUGCUUGGGACCGGAGCGGUGCCCGCAUCUUUCAAGGGUACUUGCAAAGGCAGAGGCAAUCGUGAGCGAGCCUGCCGCAAAUGGUGGCCAAGAUGGGAAGCGGCCGACCCUCACCGAGAGGCGCGCGGAGAGGGUUUCGCAACGAGAAGCGAGGGCAAGGAACAUUCUGGUUUGCAACAAUCCCGCGUGUCGCCGGCAGGACUUCAAGGUCGCGUGCGCCCACCAGGCUUCUCUCGAGCCUUGGGAGUGCCUCUCUGCUGCGGCACUUGACAUGGGCCACAGUCACAAGAGGAUCGAUACGGUCAUGAGCCGAGGCGGGGCGAUUGUCGCAAGCCUCUGCGAGCGCUGGGGCGAGGAGGGCGUGAGACGCCGCGAUGAAGCGCAGCACUUUUGCGCUCCAAGGCCACGCGACCCUGUGGCUCCAUGCGGCCGGCCGUGGAAGAUCGAGAGUCGAAAGGGGUCGCUGACAACUGCUGGAGCACGCUUUGAGGUCACCACCUAUCGGCGCGUCUGCCGCAUCGCUCCUGGACGAGAGGCGGCAUGCUGCUCGGUGGCCUACGACGGCCAGGAGGAUGGCAUCUUUAACUUCUCCGGAACGACCCUCAUCUCCCAUGGCCUCCUGCUGCGCAACCACUUUGCCGCGGCACUCGGCGCUUCACAUAGCCUCAACUUUGAGGCGGGGGACAUGGCCACGAGGUGCCUCGAGGGGUCGAGCGGCCCUAGGUUGGACGAUCGGGUCUUUGACUCGGCGAUGCAAGCCUUCAACGACCUCGCGGCGCGCUCGCGGAUCCAGCACGUGUGCUCGCGCCCCGAUUGCGUGCACCUCUACACGAGCGAGGUCGAGGCGGCCGAGGCGGAGGCUCGAAUGGUUGGGACGCCUCUGAGAGUUGAGCGGACGGAGGGGCCCACCUCCGAGCUCGCGACCUACGCCUUUGGUCGAGAGAAGGUCAUCACGUUCGAUGGCACGUUCUUUGCCAACUCGAGUGCCAUGCGCGACGACUCGGAGGCUUCGUUGCACAGCGUGUGCGAGCCCGACCCAGAGGCGCCUCGGGUGGCUGGCGGCUUCACUCCUCUGAGCAUUGGCGGGGUGCGCCCUUCCGACGUGCCGCUAGAGGGGAUCGACUACCCUUGGAAGCACCGCAACGGGCUGUCGGAGCUGCGGCCGGCCGUGCGAGCUCUCGCGUUGAGAUGGUGCAACUUUCGGAAGGCUCCGGCCCAAGGGAGCAAUGCGCCACUAAAGUCGGAUGAGUUCGUCGCCAUGCGCGAGGGGCUACCAGCGAACGUGAGAGCCUUGGUCGACCUCGUGACCGAGUCGGGUGGGUGUGCGGAUCCAGCGGCGUGCGCGGUGUGCAAGGCGGUCCCGCGGCGGCCGUGGAUGCAAGGCUUUCUCAAGGAGGGGGGCGUGGGGGCAACCGGCUGGUGCCUGACUCACUUCCAGCUGUAA